AUGACGUCACCGGCAGCUAAUGUCACACACGGAUUAAAGAUGGCGCCCUCUCAUGCACUGAGGUGCUGUAAACGGGCUCUUAACUGGGUACCUGUCCUGUUUAUAAACCUGGUUGUUGGUUGGUCUUAUUACGCCUACGUUGUGGAGCUUUGUGUCUAUACAAUCCCAAACAAUGCAGAACGAAUCAGCUAUUUGGUCAUCUUCCACAUUUUCUUCAUGAUGUUUAUAUGGUCCUACUGGAAAACUAUCUGGUCUAAACCUGCAGGCCCCUCAAAGGCAUUUGGUCUUCCUCGAGCAGAGAAGGAAAUGUACGAGCGAGAGGAGCGAGCUGAGGCACAGCAGGAGAUCCUGAAAAAAGUGGCCAGGACUUUACCUGUGUAUACACGAACCGCUGGAGGAGCCAUCAGAUACUGUGACCACUGCCAGGUAAUCAAACCUGACCGCUGCCAUCACUGCUCAACCUGUGAGACGUGUGUGCUGAAAAUGGACCAUCACUGCCCCUGGGUGAAUAACUGUGUUGGAUUCUCAAACUACAAGUACUUUGUGUUGUUCCUGGCCUACGCUUCACUCUACUGUGUAGUUAUUUGUGCUACAGUCAUCCAGUAUUUCAUCAAAUUCUGGACCAAGCAGCUGCCAGACACACACGCCAAAUUCCACAUCUUGUUUCUUUUCUUUGUGGCGGCCAUGUUCUUUAUCAGCAUAACGUCACUUCUCAGCUACCAUCUGUGGCUUGUCGGAAAGAACAGGACGACAAUAGAGGCUUUCAGGGCUCCUGUCUUCACAAAUGGUCCAGAUAAACACGGGUUUUCUCUAGGCUGUCGAAGAAACGGAGCAGAGGUGUUUGGAGACCAGGCAAAAUACUGGAUAUUUCCAGUUUUCUCCAGUCUAGGAGAUGGGCAUUCCUUUGUCACCAGAUUGGUACACAUUGAUCCUGAACAAGCUAACAGUAUCCUGCAGCAGAACGGCAAAAGCCCUGUUGAUGGAGAGGCAAAACCUUCUGUGUUUGGUAAUAACGUACAACACACAGCAGAAGACAACAAAGAGAAAAUUAAUGGAGGUGAGACUGUCUCUGUGACGAUGGAGAGUGAUCCAUAACAGGUCACUGGCAUAUCAAUAAAGAUCUCAUCAGCGAUGUAGCCUUAAACCAAGAGUGUCAGCGCCUGACCAGGAGCCGUCCUCCACCCUCAUUUUGAGUUCAUCAGCACAACCUAGAUCCAAAUGUCUCUGUUUAUACACUAAAAGCUCUGUACUCUAUUCCUGCUUUAACCUGGAACCACCAAAACAAAGACUGUUCAGCAUCCUUUUAGACUGCAGCAGUCUGAAGCUGAGACCACUCGCAGGUUUUGUCUUUGAUUUGAGCCAAAGACGUUCAGAUAAUAUUUAAUGAUUGUUGUGUCUGAAAACUGAAGGACUGCUUUUCCCUCUGGAGUCGGUGUACAGCCUCAUGUCUGUCUGCCUCCAUGGAUUUAUCUCCUUUAACAUUUCUGCUUUUGUCAGUAUUAAUCAAGCAUUAAUAUCUAUAACUAUAAUGUGGAGCAGGAAAAGCCACCAAAGCCAGAAUCAGAAGAUUACGGUUAUAUCUCAGAAUCACAUUUCAACACUGGUACCAGUGUACAUUUUAUCACUUUUUAAAGUCAAAGCACAGUGCAGUUAUUGAAGCCAGCAGUCAUCUAUCACUGUGACUUUUUUAGUUUACAUGAUUAGAAUUAUGGAAGGUCUUUCUGUUUACACUUUAUGAUAUUUAUUUUUUACAUUUCAAAUUUUAUACUUUGGUUAAAGCUUAUUAUCUAAGGACCAAAUACAGCUUAAUUACUGUUGAAUCUAAUUUUAAAUAAUCAUUUGAUUUAUUUAAUUAUUAAACCAACAAUGUAUGUGUAAUACGGUGUAACAAUCAACUAGAUUGCCAAUUUUGAAUGCACUAUGUGUAAUUUAUUUCUUUUUAUUGAUUAACUUUGCCUCCAUCUGUUGAUUUUGUUGUAAUAGUUUGUAUUAUUUACUUUAUUUUCAUUUUUUAAAGACGUAUACAGUCAUGUUUGUCCUCUUUUACUUUCCCAGCCAUUCUUUGCUGCAUUAUAUGUAUUUAUUUAUAAAUUAAUCAGUCUGGAGUUUUAAUGCCAAUGAUUAAUGUCUGUGACCUGUUUCUUUUGUUUUUCCAGUUUAAUAUUCUGAUUUGUUUACAAGCUGGACUGGAAUGAGGCCGCAAUAAAACCGUCAUCAGUUUAUGUUGGAAAUGUCCUCUGUGUUCUUGAGC